UUAAGUCGAUAAACAACUAAUCAAAGGCUUGUCUUUCGCCACAAGAGGGCGACAGAUGUCUCACAGAUGUCAACAAAACUGAUGUCUCUUUACGACGAUCUCCUCAUUGAUGACCACAAACGCGACGACAGCGACGGUUGGUCCUCAAGUGAUAGUCGACGUCUUUUAGCACAACAUUUGCAAAACAGAAAAACACAACAAAACAAAAGCAAAACAAAUAAGACUUUAAUUCCGACCAAAAAAGCCGAAGACUCGACGCCUGUCAUCACUGCUAUCAAUAUCUCUUCCUAUAAGGACAGCAAAGGAGCGCUUUUAGGCGGAGAAUGGGAUGUCAGUCAGGAAUACGACCCGAUUUGGGCCAAUGAUUACGAAAAACUCAGAAAUGAAAGACAAAAACACGACAAAAGCCGUCGACGCGAUCGUCAACCUUCCGGACGUCCACUUGGACUCGACUACGGCGACGAUUCAGACGAAGAAACCAACAACAAAGAUGAGCGUCGCGGCGGAGCCACUAUUGCUCCUCCUCCUUCACUCAUCGAACAUUCGGCUAAUUCGGACAACAAUUCCGCUAAUUUUGGUUCAAUUGCCGCCAAAAUUAUGGCUCGAAUGGGUUAUCGCGAAGGACAAGGAUUGGGUCGCGAAGAACAGGGAAUGAGUUCUGCGCUUUCCGUCGAAAAGACAUCAAAACGCGGCGGAAAAAUCAUAAGCGAUGUUUCGCAGACAUUAAUGCCUCCUCCACCGCCUCCUUCGACCACCGAAUCCAUCACUGAAAUCAUGAAAAACCCGUCUAAAGUCGUACUUUUGAGGAAUAUGGUCGGUGGCGGCGAAGUCGACGAACUAUUAGAAGAAGAGACUAAAGAGGAAUGCGGAAAAUACGGAGAAGUCAUCUCUUGUGUCAUAUUUGAAAUGCCAGUCGGCGUCGCAGAGGACGAAGCCGUUCGCAUAUUUGUUGAGUUCCGUCGAGUCGAGUCGGCGAUCAAAGCUGUUGUUGACCUAAACGGUCGUUAUUUUGGAGGACGAGUAGUGAAAGCAAACUUCUUCGACGUCGAAAAAUUCAAAAAAUCUGAAUUAAAGGACUAAUUGUUUAUUUAU